AUGGAGCGAUUACCCGCUGAAAUAUUGCUGAAAAUUCUCAAUGAAUUGGCGCCACGGGAUGUACUGGGCGUGGUGCGCAUGGUGUCACGGAAAUUCUAUGCUAUUGUGUCGAAAAAUCGAGACAAAUUCGGCUUCCCGAAGAUAGCCGCUUGCUUUGUGGGACUGAAGCGCUUUGACCCUGAGACCUUCAUUGUCUAUCGGACGAAGGGAAAGCAGAAAGAAUUAUUAAAUUUCGACAUUGCUUGCGAGGACCAGCGGAUAAUUAAUGCCGAGAUCGACGUGUUGAUAAUUCAAUAUCAAUUGCCGGCAACGCCAAACCUCAUCAAAUUCCUAUCAAAAAUCUACGUAAAAACCCUGCUCUACGCCUGGGAAGACCCGAAAAUUGUCUUUCGCGAUGAGUGCAAGGAAUUUUCGACGCUAUUGAGGGGGUGGCUAACGAGAAAACUUUACCCGCCCCGCUACCAUGGUGUUCUAUCCGCCGGUGUUCAUGGCGUGCAAAUAUUGUCACUACCCUCUACGCUAGCCAUCGAUUUCGACAAAACGUCGUCGAAUAGUAUACGGAUACGAAAAAUUUCCACCGAAGAAUGUAUUGAGGUAUUGCAGGUGCUGGAGGGACCGAGUUGCGUCAAUUUCACCGGCACCAUCAUUGUGGACAUCCCAAAAGCUCAGAUGGAGAAAAUAAGAAAUCGGCUGUCGCAGGAUGAGAACUGGAAAUGCGUAAACAAUACAAGUUUUUCGCGGCGGACCCCCUACGUGAAUAUUGAGGCAAGACUCCCCGCGGAUCCGGGCCUGCAUAUAGUUGUUUCAAGGCUCGGCGAUUUUCAGCAAAAUGCUUGCCCGGCCGGAAUAUUGAAUGUCGUCUCUGACUACCUAAUCUAUUCACCUAGCCGGUACUUUGCCACCAUGUUUUUCAUG